UGUUAAAGAACUCAUUUUUUUGUUUACAUUUUCAAUUUUUUCAAUGAAGAGGGGUUUUGAAGGCGAAAUCAUCAAUGGAUUGUUAUGGGUUUUAUGCAAAUGCGUAUAACUGUGUUGCUAUUUCUCUACUUUUUAAAAUUUUUGAUUUUUUGGUUUGUUUGUUUAUAGUUGUUUGAGAUAUGGCGAUGAUAGACUCUGAGUAUGUGUGUUCUGCUUCUGGAGUUUUAGAGUUUUAUGAUGUUUUUUAGGAACCCUUUUUGUUUUUUUUUGGUAAAUUUGUUUGUUUUGACUGUUCGAUUAGCAAAAAAAAAUCAUUUUUACACCCAUUUUUGAGAGUGAUGUGUUGCUCAUUUGUUUUUUUUUGUCCCUUCAUCUGUAACUUUUUGUAUUAACAUGAAAGUGGGAUGUAGGGUUUAAGAAACGGUGGGGAGCGAAGACGGAUUAAGGAUUUAAAGUUUAUGGGUUACUAGAUCAAGCUCGAGUUAAUGUAUAAUAAUAAUUGGUUUCAGAGUCAAACACUUAUAGAUAUAUAGUGAAUUUCUUAAUAUAGAUAGAGUAGGUUUAAGUAAAAGUUAUUGAGUUCUCGAGAACCCAUAGAUUCUCUUCUACAUCCGUCCCUGGUAGUAAGUGCUUUCGCCUCAAACUGCUUAUUUAAUGUUUUUAGAAGGUAAUGUUGUGGACUUAGGGCUUACUCUUUCGAAGAUACAUUUAAAAAGCUCCUUGCUAUGUUUUCCUCCUGAAACAUACACCCAAGUGUCCAAACACAUACCCUUGGGGAACCCAACAUCCAACAAUCGAGGCUUGUACGACUACUUUUGUGCAAGUUUUUAAUUAGCCUUGUGACCUUCAUCAUUGCUUAACUAACCUCCUUGACUCGAAAGUCCCUUUAUCGAUCUUAGUUACAAGUUUGAGAAGAUUGUAACUCAAAAUUGGAAUCCAGAUUUAUCUAUAUAUGUUGUUGCUAGAUGGUUUUCAUUUUUUAGUUCUAGAGUGAUGUCCGGGUUAGUUCAUCCUUCCAAACUUCUACGAGUACAUCUAAGAAAGAAAAAUCAACUUCAUAGAACUGUCAAUCUAAGGUCACAAGGAUUGGAUUCUUGUCUAGAGAUUUGACGGUGGAGAGCUAAUGAGUCAUGUUGUUGCAGUCAGAUUCUAUAGAAAUGAAAUUGUUUGUCUAACAUGUGGGGAUAAAGGAGAUGUCAAGCUUCUUGUAUACUGCUCACAAUGUCGUGAUUCUGCUGUACACCACUAUUGCCAAGAGAAAAUCACUGUUGAUGAUGACUAUGCCGAUUGGAUAUGUUGGGAUUGCGCUCCCAAAGUUGCUAAGGAUGAUCAGGUCAGAAAGAGUGAACGGAUAAGUGAGCGAUUAAACCGUGCUUUUGAUGUUCGAGCUGAAUGGAGAAGAAAGCUUUACCAUUGUAAAGUAAAAGCUCUAAGGUUAGAUGAGGCUAGACAUGACACAAGCGGAGAAGUUCAAUCACCUACAGCCCAUAGUCCUUUUCACGUUUUGCAAAAGGAGAAGCCUUCAUUCGUUGAUACUAAGAAACACAAAGACAUUGGAGAAGAGUGUGCAGAUGUAUGCUAUUCUGAACAGCAUAUUGAAAUAGUAAAAGCAGGGAUCACUCCACUAGUAGGUAAACGCCAGGAAGCUUAUUGUUCAACAUUGAACAACGAGGAAGGUGGAAUGAUAGAAAGAGCUCAAGUAAGAGGUGACUCUUCUGUGCAAGAUUCAAAGAGUGCUCAGUCACUUGGUGAAAUUGGAAAACAACAAGAGAUGAGAAAGUCAAGCAGGAAGUUUGUAGUUUGUGAUGAUGACGGUGAUUUUGAGGGAGAGGGUGGGGCAAUUGGUGGAACUUUUUCUUCUUCAUUCCCUGGUGAGCAAAAUUUUCCACUUGACACUUUGUAUGGUGAUCCUCAAGUGGAAUCUGUGAAUUGUUUGUCAGCGGAGCCAGUUAUUGAUCCCAUUUGGAGGGGAUGUUUAAUCUUCAAUACAGAGAGUCAAAGCAGUAUUAAUAUCUUAGCUCAUUUGUCAAACAAAGCCUGUGAAAAGGCGUGUAUAGCAGCAACUAGGCUUCCUGUGAAUCUUGAUGUAAAACUUGUGUCCAAGAAUGAUGUAUGGCCAAGGAGUUUCCAGAGGUUGCAACCAACAGACUGCAGUAUUGCUGUGUAUCUCUUUCCCGAGCUAGAAGAGGAUGAAAAUUCUUAUGAUGCUCUAUUGGAAGAUGUUAUUGAGAAUGAUCUUGCUAUGAGCGCCACAAUUGACGAUGUGGAGCUUUUGAUUUUUUCAUCUUGUGUUCUGCCACAGAAACAUUGGAGGCUUCGUAGAAAGUACUAUUUGUGGGGCGUGUUUAAACAUAAGCCAUCACGCUCAAGAAUACCAACUUGUAACAUUCUUGCACAAACUAGCAGCAUUCAGAAUGCAGCUACUAGUGAUCUCCCAAAUGAAGUCGAAGGUGCACAUACAGGUAGUUCUCAGCAGGACCAGAGUUUCCCAAGUCCCUUGAGCAUAGAGAAAGGCGUGGAUUCUGGCAGUCCUCUAGGUCGCUUCCCAAGUCCCUUGAGCAUCGUGAAAGGUGUGGAUUCUGGCAGUCCUCCGGGUCGCUUCCCAAGUCCCUUGAGCAUAGUGAAAGGUGUGGAUUCUGCCAGUCCUCCGGGUUGCUUCCCAAGUCCCUUGAGCUCCUGUUGUGACAUUACCUCUACAAAAGAUUCUCCUUGCCAUCAUGAGAACUGAGGCUUCUCAAUUAAGGGGUAGGCUUCUCGCCCCUCCAUUGGUGACGGGCAGUUAAAGAAGAUAGCUCAUAUUUUUUCGUGGUAAAAUAUUACUGAAAUAUCAUUGAAAAACUUAGUAUUUUGUUUGCAAACUUCUCAAAGUUGUUCAUUUUUUGUGUUUGCAUAAUUUAAACUUGCAUAUGAAAGUAUAUUCUUUAGAGACACAAGGCAUGUAAGGUCAUUAUUUUGGAAGUUGUAUUUCAUACACAAUGCUUAUAGGUUCUUGAAAUAAGAUAUGGCUAUUACUUA